AGCAAAGGCUUACUCUCCGAUCGAUCUCCUCUCGUGGCGUCUCCUUCGUGGUGUUGUAAGCGGACAUGGCGUAUAGGACUCUUCAACCUGUCUCUGUCCGUUCUCUGUGGGAAGAUGCUGUCUUGCGGUUGUCUCAGCUGAUCACUCAACCGAGAGAUUUCAUGAACCUUCGAGAUUUUGUUCUAACGCUGCUACUUAGCUACAGCUGGAAUACUGACCGGUUCUUGCAAAAUCUUGAAGAGUCGACAGAUGAGUUCUAUUGGCAUGUUAAUUUAUGCAUCUUUGAGCAUAGAGAUUCAAAAUGCUUCGACUGUGUGCAACAACGUUUCCAGGAUAUUGGAGAGGAUCUUUUCUUGAGCUAUGUGAGACGUAGUACACUUGAAGUUAGGCAGGCUGCUUUGGAGCAGACUUUGGAGAUGUUGAAUCCCUGUUGCGGAUGUCUUUGCGAAGAGCACGUUAAAACUCGCUUUCACUACAAACUGUUCUCCAGGUUCGGGAUGCUUUACGCUAUUCAAAAGUGCCUCUACUGUAAGAAAGUUUAUCCCAAAGACAUCGGGGAUAAACUUGAUUACAGCGGGAGCACUUUUGAAUAGAGGAAAGCAUUCCGAACCUGAAGGUGGACUUUGGUGAAGAGAAGAUAAUCCACUUUGUAAUUUGUUUUAAAUUAAGCUAAAAUUCAGUUUGGAAGGACGACUUUUGCUUUUGUUAGUAACUCUUUUCGGUUUUCUUGAUCUGCAUGAUGACGACUUGUAUUGACUAAAAACUGUUUUUUGUUUGAUAAACUAAACUGAGCAAU